AUGUCGCUGCUUUUGCUGGACGAGACAGCAGGGGACAUCCCGGUCCGGGACACCACCCAGAAGCCUGCGGUGAUAGCAGCCAUACAAGAUGUGUCGUCUUCCACUCGCUUUCUCGCCAAAGCCCCUCCUCUGAAGGCCUCAGUGAAAGCAUCGUCGGCGUCUCUAGCAAGGACCCGGCGUCAGGUAAGCCGGGUGAACCGGACAGAGCUGGAAGAUGGGUUUCUGCGACUUCAUGAUGAAAACCUACUGCUCAAGGAGUUUGCCCAGAAACAGGAGGACAGGAUCAAGAGGAUGGGCACCAAACUGUUAAGACUCAACCACGAGAGAUCACAAGCUGACGGGAAACGUGGGACCUGGAUCCGGAGCUCUGGUCGGAACCUGGACCUGGAGGAGGACCUGGAGGACACACAGGAGCGGGUUCGGGAGCUCGAGAGGCGCAACGAAGGGCUGAGGAACCGCCUGCAGUUCUACAAGCAGCAGCUGCAGCUGCAGGGCUGUAGCCGCCACUGCCCCUAUGGCUACGUCCCUCCCAGGGUCAACACGGGGCUCAGGAGGGUGCACACGACCACCGGGCGAAUGCCAGAGAGACUCCGCAAAGGCAUGCGGGUGCAAGGACCAGAAGUCCGGCCGACCCACACAGCCCCUUCCAGAUACGGGGAUCAUAUAGCAGAGCCAUCCCGAGCAGAGACAGAGAGACUAACCCACAGCCUGGUGAUGGCGGAGCUGGAAAUGGACUCUGAAACGCCGAGUUCCGUCCAGGGCAGAGAGACUGAUCCAGAAAGCAACCGGUCUCAGCAGCGAUAUCAUGAAGCUCAGGCACGCCGAACUGCCAUCCAAGACAAUGUGGAACUGAUCCGGCUGCAGAAGCUGCUGAGGGUGAAGAAUUCAGAACUGGCGACUGCGAAAGCCCAGUUGACGGGCCUGCGGGAAACGUACGAGACUCACCUCCACCAGAACCAAGAGACGCUGAGGACAGCCAGCGAGGCCUUGCUGGCCCAGGUUGAAGAGCUGAGCGGCCGACUCAAGGAAGAGACCCAGAAGGUGGCGGCGCUGGAGAGCCAACUGCAGGUCCUUUUGCCACUGCAGGGGACACUGGAAGAGUUUCAGGAGAGAGUCCGGGACCUGCAGAAGGAGCGAGACCUGCUGAAGGAAGAUUAUGACAAACUGCUGGAGAGCUGCAUCAACGCUGCCCGGCGGCAAGGCCCUGACGAGGUGCCUCAGAAGGACAAUGUUCCUGCUUUGGAAGAACAGCUUAGCUGGGUGAUGAUGGAGAAGAAGCAGCAGCAGGAACAGCUGGAAGAGGAAAGAGCUCGGAAUGAGGAACUGAAGCAGGAAGUGAGACAGCUGCUGGAGCUGGCGCAGGAGGCCAAGGAGGCCAAGGAAGUCGAUUCCUCACACGAGAAGGCGGCCAUCUUGGAAAACCAAAGCGCGGAGCCAGAGCCUCAGUCUAAUCCUGUCCAGAGCCCUCAGUCAGAGCAAGAACGCAGCCUAAAGCGCAAGCUCCAUGAGACGGAGGCUGCCCACGCGGAGACUGUACUCGAGUUAGAGAAGACCCGUGACAUGCUCAUCUUGCAACACCGCAUAAACCGGGACUACCAGGUGGAGCUGGAUGGGGUGGUGCUGCGGGCCGAGCAGGAGAAGAAGGACCACGAGGAGAAGGAGCAGCGCAUGGCCCGGCUGCUGGACCUGCGUAGCGCUCGCAUCCACCAACUGGAAGCACAGUUGAAGGAUGUGGCCUACGGGACCAGGAUGGUCCCCUUUCUACCCGACGAGGGCGACGCGGCCACGGAAGCCGACCCUGACGGGAUGAGCCCACGUCUGCAGCGUGGCGAGAACCUCCUGGAGCUCCACAUCUCUGGCGCGGUGCUGUCCGCUGAGCUGCUCCGCUUGCUGGGGGACGCGGAGCCCACCACCUUUUGCACGUACGCCUUCUACGACUUCGAGACCCACUCCACGCCCCUGGUGCGCGGCUCCCGGCCCCGGUACGGCUUCACCUCCCAGUACGUGGUGCGGGCGGAGCCUUUGUUCCUGCAGUACUUGCAAGGGGCAGCCGCCCGCCUGGACCUCCACCUUGCCACUGCUGUGGACCACACCACCCUGGCCUCCUGCUGGCUGCGUUUUGGAGAAGCCCUGGGGAAAGGGGAGCAGGUACAUGCCACGGCAGCGCUACACGGUCCCAACGGUGAGGACUACGGCCUUCUGGAGUACUGGGUGAGGCUUCGCUUUCCAAUCGAACAAAUCCUGAGACUGCAUCGCCAGCAGGCCAAAGCCUUGGGCUACCUGUCUGCGGGAGUGCCACGGGCUCCUGUCGCCCAAGAGGGGGUUCUGGGCCCAGGAUGGAAUGAGUUCCGAGUGCGGAUCGAAAGCUGCGCUGGCCUGCGCAGCCGCUGGCUCGGCUCCCAGCCCAGCCCCUACGCCAUGUACCGGUUCUUCACCUUCCCAGAUCACGACACCGUCAUCGUCCCUUCCAGCAACAACCCCCACUUUGGAGACCUGCGCACCUUCCCUCUCAGGGUCACGCCGGAGCUGCACCAUUUCUUGCUCCGGGAGAGUUUCUGGGUGUACGUGUUUGACGACGAAGACACAGAACCGGGGAAUUACUUGGGCAAAGCCCAGAUCCCGCUUUUGCCACUAGCGCAUGGACGUAGUGUCACAGGAGACUUUGUGCUCACAGACCCAACGGGGAAGCCCAGCGGUUCCAUCAGCCUCAACCUGGAGUGGAAGCUUCUUUACGUGCCCCCCGAGGAUUCCCCGCGGCAGGCCUCCUUGGAUCGGGAGGCCCAUCGACGGUCUUUGGAGCUCCAGAUUGAGAAGGAGCAAGCCACGCUGCAGAGCCCGGCUCCAAGCCCCACUGCCCCCUUGAGGUCCCAGCACCAGAGGAAGAAGCCGCGUCUCAGCCUGCCGGAGCCUGACAGGCACCCUCAGAAGCGCGCAGAGUUGGAAAAGAGAACCAGGGGAGCGGCUCAAGCGAGUUCAGUAUCAGAGCGCAGAAGACAUGGUGGAAAGGAAGCCGUGGACAGUGCCAUCCACAAGGUGGCACUGGACAAACUCAAAGAGGAGGAGGAAGAAGAAACGCCAGCUGUUGCAGAGGAGGGCUGGCCAGCAAGACGCCAGGAUCCAGAAGCCGAAUCGAGGGCACCCACAGAAGUGGCCGCACCGAAGGAUGCUGCCUCUGAGGAAGCAGAGAGCACCAGUGAGGCUCCGACCACAGAUAGCGACGAAGUGGUGGUAGCAGCACCCGGGAUGCAGGAGCCUCCGGAGCUGGUAAGUAUGAAGUCAUGCGUGGAGGUGGUCUCUCUCAGCCUACACCCAGACAGCGAACCAGUCGCCAAUGAGGGCAUCCAGCAACUCUAUGUGGAGUACCACUUCCCGGGAGUGCCGCUGGAGGAAACGGAGACCCCCUUCUCAUUACGGAAGCCUCUCGGAGGCCAGGAGAUCUACUUCCACUUCAGCAAGGUGAUUAAACUGGACCCGGACCCAGCCAGCAUUCAGAGGCAGCUGCUGUUUUCCAUGCUGGUGGUGGAGGAGCCACCGCAUAACCAGCUGCAGUUCGUAGUGGUGAGUGAACCUCUGCCCGGGGCCAGAGGAGAGUGUGAGGACGUGGGCUUUGCCUAUCUGGACCUGCGGCAGAUCCUCCUGACAGGAAGUGACGUCCUGCAGCAGAACCUGCCAGUUGUCAGUCCCCUGGACCCCAACAAUAGCAUUGGUCUGCUGAGAGUCUCUGUGGAAGCGGCGGCUGCCCUGCGCCUCAUCUACUGGGCGGGCAAAAGAACAAGCAGCGAGGGGGUGUGA